AUGUCGCGAUCCUUCUAUGUCGACUCUCUGAUCGUCAAGGAGUCGGGGCGUGCGGGCGCGGGGCCCCUGCCGGAGUCCGGGCCGGGCCAGGACCUGCUGAUCCCCCUGGGGGUCCCGGGGCCGCUGGUCAUGUCGAUGACCGGCCCCGGCUGCUCCCUCCGCAAGGCUGCGGGGGCUUUCUGCGUGUGUCCCCUGUGCGUCACCUCGCACCUGCACUGCGCCCGGGCGGCGGGGGGCGGGCCGGGGGCGGCCCUGCCCCUCCUCAAGGGACACUUCCCCGCCGGGACCCCCGCCGACGGCCCCUUCUGCCCUCGCCUGAGCCAUGCCCCGCCGCCGGCCCCGCCGCCCCCGCCGCCCCCGGCCCCGCACCCGCCCCCGCAGCCGCCGCCCCACGCACCUGUCUGCACCGCCGCGGCCUACGGCGUCUCCGACCCGCGGCGCUUCCACUGCCUCGGCUUGGGCGGCUCGGACGGCGGCCAGCUCCCGCACGGCAAGAGGAUGCGGACGGCCUUCACCAGCACGCAGCUGCUGGAGCUGGAGCGCGAGUUCUCGUCCAACAUGUACCUGUCCCGCCUGCGUCGCAUCGAGAUCGCCACCUACCUCAACCUGUCCGAGAAGCAGGUGAAGAUCUGGUUCCAGAACCGGCGCGUCAAGCACAAGAAAGAGGGCAAGGGGCUGCCCAGGGGCGCCCACGGCCCUUGCAAGUGCGUGGGGCCCCCCGCCCGCUACCCGCGCUCGGAGGACGAGGAGUCCCUCUCCCCGGCCUCGGCCCCCGAGGACAAGGACGUCUCCCCGCGGUGA